AUGGAACACGCAUCCCGAAGAAAAAUCUCAUGUCCCUUAUGUGGAACUUCAAUAAAUGACCACCACGACCUUGUAAUACAUGCAAACGCAGUGCACGCUUCAGGAAACCGAACCUUCAGUGUGGAAGCCAUCAGCUUUAACAGCAAAUCUGCUUUUCAAGACUGGAAGCAUGCUCUAGAAGAGGAAGAGACUACUAGGUACGCUGUCCAUUCGAAGAAUAAAGGAACAGAUGGAGACAUUACAUACAUGCGAUGUAGUAGAGCCGAGCCUGGCCCAUCUUACAUAGAGAAGUGCUCAAAUUCAAAAAAAAAGGUCAUGUACUGCACAGCUUAUAUGAAGGUGACGGAAAAUGAACGGACUAUCAACGUAGAAUUCUGCCGCACGCAUUGCGGCCAUGAGCCCGAUGCUGCACUGCUGACAAUGGACGCCAGUGCUGAGAAACAAAUCCUCUCCUGCCUAAGAAAUGGAUUCACUUAUAAGCAAGUGCUUAGUCAAAUCCGGGAGCGAUGUCGAAAUUCAAACAAUUUGAGUUGCCGGUUGUAUUUCACUACAUCGCGAGACGUGCGAAGAAUUGCAUUGAAACACAAUCUAGAUCCAGCUCGUAGACAUAGUAUCGACAUUUUGUCGCUUGAAAUGCGCAUCGGAGAACACAUCCCCGACGAUGGGAUACGGCAUUAUACAGCAGCAACAGAUGCAAGCGGCGAUAACUUCUCUCUUGUAAUUGUGACGCCGAUACAAAAAAUUUGGUUGGAAAGCUAUGCAAAACGCGCACUGUUGAUGGACGAUACUUUCAACCUUACACCGUACUCACUGCGACUAGCUUCCGUAGUGGUCCUAGACGAAUGGGACAUGGGGUUGCCAGCGGCAUUUCUGCUUUCCUUCAAAAUGACAGAGAACGAAGUUAGUAUACUCUUUCAAGAAAUUGUUCUACUUCCCCAGUUUGAUACAGCAUAUUUCAUGUCGGAUGACAGUAAUUCAUUUUACAAUGGAUUUAUAAAAGUUGUUCCUCAGUCAAUGUCCUUCAGAGCAUAAAGAGAUAUUGCAAAAAUCUCAAAAAGCCGAGUCCUACAUCUACCGUAAUGGGUAAAAUGUCAGAACUUUGCAAGAAUCCGGAUCGUGAUGUCUUCUUCGAUAACUACGCUUCUCUACUGUGCCUAUUGCGACAAAAUCGCGAAGAAAGUAUGGUUCAGUACUUCGAGCGGAACUGGAGCCCACGAAUUUCCGAAUGGGCAGGAUACGUACGGAGAACAUCCACUGUCAACACCUCUAUGGCAAUCGAGCG